CAUUUGCAGAUAUAAAAUGGAAUCCAUCGCCCUGGUAACGGAGCCGACAAGCAAGCGAAAUAAGAGCAUUUUCCUUUUGCUUUCUCUGUUUAGACUUUCCCUGCAACUUCCCAACUAUCUCUCUAAUCCCUAAUUAUCUUCUAUUUUUCUUCAGCCGAUCCUGAUUCCUAAUAGGUUUCGUUUCUGUUUCCCUUUUGGUUUCUUUAAAUCGUAAUUAUAAAUAUAUAUUUUUUCCUGAUCCAAGAACCGACUUUUUUCGAUCGUCAUGGCUUCUGGAUCAUCUGGUAGAAACGGCUCGUCCGGGAAGGCAUUUGAUUUUGGUUCCGACGACAUUCUCUGCUCUUACGACGAUUUUGGGAAUCAAGACGCCUCUGGCGGCAGCCGUGCAGAUCCGCCGAUGGGUGGCAACCCUGGGAAGGACUUCCGUGAAGGCAGAAUGGGGAGAUCAACAUUGUUACAUGUCUAUAAUCAGCAGGAAGAAUCUUUCAACCAAGAAGUGAUUGCAACUGUAGAAAGGACCAUGAAGAAGUAUGCUGAUAAUCUACUCCGUUUUCUUGAAGGAAUUAGUGGACGUCUGCAACAGUUGGAAUUGUAUUGCUACAAUCUUGAGAAGUCAGUAGGAGAAAUGAGAUCUGAUUUAGAACGUGAUAACAACGAAGCAAAUUCAAAGCUUAAAUCUCUUGAGAAACAUGUUCAAGAAGUGCACAGAUCAGUGCAGAUCCUGAGAGACAAGCAAGAACUUGCAGAAACUCAGAAAGAACUGGCCAAGCUUCAGCUUGCGCACAAAGAAUCCUCGACCAAUGGCCAUUUACAACACAAGGAAGAUGGAGGUGCACCAUCUGCUUCUGGUCCCAAGAAAACUGAUAAUGUGCCUGUACCAGAAGUGCAGAACCAGCUAGCUCUUGCUUUACCUCAGCAAGUAGCCCCGUCACUCUCACCCCCAACCAGACCUGUGGAACCACCACAGCCUAUGGCUCCACCUUCUCAAGCCCCACCUCAAAACGUUCAUGUUCAGACCCAACCAAAUGCCUAUUAUUCCCCACAGAACCAGUUGCCUAAUCCUCCUCCCCAGACUCAAAGUCACACUCAGGACCAAUACCUACCAGUAGAUUCCCAGUACCAGAGACCCCAAAUGCAAGAGGUUCCUAGGCAGCCACAACAGCCAGUCCAACCUCAGAUGAGCCAAGCCCAGCAAAUACCGCCGUUCCCCUCAUAUCAACAGCAGUGGCCUCAGCAGUUCCCCCGACAACAACCACAACAGCCAUCUCUGCAGGCCGAGGUCAGACCCCAGACAACACCAGUGUACCCUCCCUAUCUCCCAACUCAACCUGCAAACCCCUCUCCUGAGCCCUUUCUGGGCAGCAUGCCAAUGCAGGUUCCAUUCUCGGGAAUCCCUCAGCCAGGAGUGAGCCGUGCAGAAUCCAUGGUAUAUGGUUAUAAUGCUGCUGGUAGAACAACAGUACAGCAGCAGCCUCCCUUACAGCAUAAUAUGCAGCAGCAACCACAACCUCAGACCAGCCAGAGCACUUUUGGAGCACAUCUUAGUAGUGGUACUGGUGCCUACCCAGGUGCAGGAGCACAGCCAACACAACCUCAAGGACAAAGGAGCAUGAUAUACGAUGGUGAAGGGGGAAGGGCCCCUCAUACCCUUCCACCACAUUACACCCAAGGUAGCUAUACACCUGGUCCUGUCUCUCUCCAUAAUCCUCAGGUACCUGCUGGUAGUAGUAACAUUAUGCCCCGCCCUCGGAGCCCAUCACACAUGAUGCGUAAUCAUGUCUAUGCUGAGCUGAUUGAGAAAGCUGUGAGCAUGGGUUAUGUGAGGGAACAUGUUGCAAGUGUGAUCCAUAGGUUGGAAGAGAGUGGCCAGCCUGUGGAUUUCAACAGCGUGCUUGACAGGUUGAAUGUACAGCCAUCUGUGGGCUAUCAGAGAGGAUGGUCAGGCUAAGCUGGGAUUUAUGGUCAAUCCGCUUGCAAUGUCACGUACAUGUUCUAUUCUGUUUACCCAGUGUUUUCUAAUAACGUUGAGACAUUCCACUAGUUAUCUUGAUAUGCAAUCUACGCAAGGUAAAUGGAUGUAUAUUGGAGAUUUACUCAAUGGCUUCUCUUUGAUUAUUGUCCAGAUCUUAAAUCCUAUAACAAAAAGGAAUGAAUCUCUCUUACCAUCA